AUGAAGCUCUCUCUUGUUGUUCCGUUCUUGGCUGCCUUGAUUGGCAUUGCCAAUGCCGAAAGUGUUGGUACGAUUCGAGGAAACGAGGUAAGGGAUCCUGCUGAUGGUGAAAGGACCAGGAGCCACGAGCACCAUUCCAAACCUCGAGGAGACGUGCGUUCUUCUCACGAUCGCCAUGGCAGUGAAAGAGUCGGGACCAACGACAAACCAAGAGACCAGCAAGACGAAAUGAUUCGUACCUCUACGCAUGUAGAGGAUAGGAAUGGUGACAAGCCCAGGAGCUAUGAUCGUUUUGCGACCCCAAGAGGAGAAGCGCGUCUUGCAUUCGACGGACACGCUGUUCCCAUUGAGGGUAGUGAUUGGGAUAACCAAGCAACUGCAGCAGUUGAUAAAGGUCGAUACUUUCUCUUCCGUCCAGAACAUUGGAAAGCGGUCUUCGGCUCCUUGCCUGCCACAGGAGAAGCGACCAUAUAUGAAGUCGAACAACAACGAAACGGUGAAGUCGUGUGGCAAGGAUCAGUGAUGAUUUGGAUUUGGGACUCAACACGUCCUGAUAUUGGUCUUCCUGAUGGGUUUGAGGCUGGUAGACGCGAUCCUGUUUCUGCCAGUGGACAGUGGCAAACUGGUGAUUUCAUUCUUCCAGUUGAACCUGCGCCCAUCGACUUAGGCACCAAUUGCGAUGUCUUUUUUGAUGAUUUUGAUGCCUUGACGAGCAGGCCCAUUCCAUCCGAGGACAGCAGUGGCAAUGCCUUGCUCGAGAUUACAAAUCCAACGGACGCAAGUAAAAAGAUCAACCUAGUUGAUCUUCUGAACGACUACAUUGAAGGCCAGAACACUAUCCCUGUUCCUAAAGUGUUGAUGGGUGAUGAGAUUAAAAGUCUUGGUGCCAGUUGUGAGAAAAUUUCAUUCGUUGGCCACGACGAAAGGGUCCUUGCGCUUGGACUUGAAUAUAGUGCCCCAACUGGUACUACGUACUCAGUUUGUAUGGCCGUGAACCCCUGUGACCACAUUUAUGCCCUCAGUCAGUCAGGUGUAUUGAAACUCGUGAAGCCAGUCCCCCCCGCCAAACUAACUCUAGAGGCCGAUUCGAUUGGUUUUGCACUCAACAAGGGAUUGUCGCGAAAGACUUUGAAUAAGAUGUGGAGCGGUGACAGUGGAACGACUGCCAUUGAUUACAGAACAGUUGAUGGACACUUGGCUAUGACAGCAACUGGCACAGUGGAAAUUGAAGCUGGUCCCAAAGCCACUGUAGGACUCGUGUGCACAGCAUCAUUACUUGUGGAUCUCGAUCCUGCAAAUAAUGGCGUAUUACCGUUUGAUGAAGGUGUUGAUUUCGAGUUUCUCCUAUCAGCAGAAGCUACUCCCGUCAUUGAGUUGCGCACGAAUGACGAUACUGUUGCACUUGAUUUGAAUGGUCUCUUGACCAGCAUGAUAGACUUGUAUGUCAAGGUGUUACCAGCUGGCGCACAUGUCGAACUCGCCGCGUCCGUCGACAUGUCUCUUAAUGGUCUUUGCCUUGCAUCACCUCUCUUGUUGUUGUAUUGUGAGAUAUUCAAUGCCGAUGGCAGGCUCAAAGGGGAGGCGAGAUUCUUCGCAGACAACGAUGGAUUUGGGAUUAGGUUCGACGUGGAAGGUCACCUGACUCUUAUAGAUAUGGACGACACCAUCCUUGACUUCAUUGAAUGGCCCGACCUUCAUGCUCGUGUCGAUCUAAUGCUCAGUGUUGAAAUGACUAAAUACGGAAAGCUGGAGAUAUGCAUGCAGGAAAGUGACAAACGCGUCACUUGUUUGGACUACUGCAAGUCGGAUAGUCAGUGUGGCCCCAAUGAAUACUGCCACUGGUCGGGAACUUGCAUUGAGAAGCAUGGAGAUGGAUAUGUCAUAUGUACCGACAACAACCAGUGUGACAACUACUGUGUAGCAGGGAUGUGCAACGAGUGCCCCGUGACGGAUUCGUCCGAGGGCUGUAACUCUGACCAGUUUUGCGAAGGACUGACCCACACAUGUCAACCAAAAAGAGGCGACGGUGGUGCGUGUCUGAGCCAGAAUGUAUGCAAGGAUGGGCAUUGGUGCAUCGGCGGAUUUUGUCAGGAGUGUCGUGAGAUUGAUUCGACCAGGGAUUGCCCCUCUGGCCAGUUUUGUUCUGGACCGUUGUACAACUGCGUAGACCAACGAGGCGACGGUGGUGCUUGUUUGAGUCAGAGUGUAUGCAAGGAUGGACAUUGGUGCGUCCGCGGAUUUUGCCAGGAGUGCCGUGAGAUUGAUUCGACCACGGAUUGCCCCUCUGGCCAGUUCUGCAGAGGACCAGAUUAUAACUGCGAAAAUCAAAGAAGUGACGGUGGUGCUUGUUUGAGUAGCAGUGCCUGUAAGAAUUAUUGCGUCGCAGGCUUCUGCCAAGAGUGCAGUGGCCAAAGCCACUGUGGCUCUGGUAAGUUUUGCACAGGAUGGCCUUCCUAUAAUUGCAACAACAAGAAGAGCAAGGGAUCGUGGUGUGGUUCUGACAAAGAAUGCCAUAGUAACAACUGUGGUCUCACUUGGACCGGCGUUAAAUGCAAAUAA